AUGGAAGUUAAUCGAGCGAAAAUUGUUCGAAGUCAAUAUAAAUCGAGAAAAGAAAUUAUUCUUCGGCCAAGAACAGCAGGUGUCAACAAUGAUCAUCAUAUGUCUGGAUCCAGUGAUGUAGGGAGUAUUUCCAAUUUAAGUACAUACGCGACUUCAAAAAAUUUUAGAGUUCUCAGCACUACGUCUACCAUAUAUGCAAGUGUAAGGUCGGAAAAUAGAAGGAAGGACGCUGAUGGUCAACAGAAAGAAGAAAUACGUGCCAUUGGAGGUAACUACCCUCCUAAACCGUUAUCUGUUAUGACUACAGAGACCGGUAUAUCUUUGGACGGAUAUCCCGCCAACAACUGCAUCGGAUACAAGAAACAACUCUGUCAGACCGAAAGUGAGUUUAAGGCUCAGAAGCUCAAUAGAACAGAAGAGUGCAAGUUAGAAAAUUACAAGUCAAGAGUACAAAGAGAACAAAGAAUUCGCGAAAAACAAUGGACGCAAUCAACACAAUCGUUCAGAGCAAAAUCUGCAAGAGUUUUCGACAAUUCAGCACCAAAGCCAAACCUUGUCAAGGAUGUAAUACCUGACAAACCGUUAAAGCAGAGACCCAAGUCGUCCCCGGCUUAUGUCUCCUUUCUCCAGCAGCGGCCAAAGGAUAUGAAAGACGACGAGGAGGCUGAAUUACGUCGUCGAAGGGAAAAAACAUGCAGCACGUGCGAGUACAUGAAGAAAGUAAUUAAGAUAUAUGAAGAUCACAUUGGAGAAUUAGAGUCGGAGGAUGGGGUCUCCUAUCGGGAUGAUCACAGUCGGUAUAUCUUCUCAGAUCGACAAGUAAAAACGUUCAUACACCUUUUGGAGACCGAGUACUGUUCAGAAAUUCCACAAAUGAAGGAGCUUUUACAUAACGGUGAAAUCGGAGUAAGUAAAUGUGCUUCAGAUGGCAAUGGAUAUUUGUGUAAAGCGCAUGACAACGGUAUACAAAACAGAAUACGUCGUUUUUGUAGCUCGCAAGAAUCAUUCAACAAAAAGCACCCUUUACCAGAAUACAUAAAGAAGGGCUUGGAGAAUGUUAGAAUAGCUCAAGCAAUGUUAGCGAAACGACAGCACAUAGAAAAUAGAAGGGCAAUGAUAGUACUGGAGGCUAAGAGAAAGCUUGGUAUACUCCGAGUGUAA